AUUACCAACCUCAUCUCGAAAUGGUUGCUAGUCGAGUCUUUUGAUAUCCAGUGAAUGUAUUUUGAUAAUUUGUAUAAACCUAUCAGUAAAUGAAAGAAGUAGAUCACAACUGAGAAGAUUCCUUAAUAAAGUAAUAAUUUUUUCGAGCUUUGGACGAAUAAUGUUGCAUGAAGAUUUUUGUCCAAUGAGAUUGUUAUCCAAAUUCAGCCCAAGUCUAGUUCAGAAUGGUGUAGAUCGCGUUUAACAGACGGUGUUUAAGAAAUUUCUUACAGAAUUAUUCGAUAUUUGGGACCUUCCUUCGCCAUAUUUGUUAACCAACACUUUGAAAUGACUUCUUUACACUUUAUUGUACAACCUCUUCCUGCGACGGAUGACCAGUUGAACGACAGACUGCGUGAAGUGUCAGAAAAGCUGAACCGACAUGGCUUUCAUGCCUCACAGGCACUUUCCUCACUUCGUAAUGUUACCAUCAGUCAGUGUGUGAUGAGUGCAAGCCACAUCGCUUUGCUGCUUGAAGAUGGGCAAGUUUGCAGAGUUUCCUACCAUGUUGCUAUUGAUCGUUUAGACCUGAACAAAUCUGCUGAUACAAAAACCCGACCCUCUAAACUAGACAAUGUUGGAGAACCAGCCCCUCGACCUCGUGGAGGUACAUUGGUUGUGGAGAGUCCUAUGGUACUUGUGUCUGAAGCCCAAGGAAACUCAUCUAAUCCAGCAUCAAGUGCCAGUAGGUGGACAACUUCUGCAUCUAUGUCUGGUGCACCGACAGGCACUCGAAAUAACAAUCAGCAGGGUUACAAUCGCAUGCAGCGCACUGUGCAUGUCAGCCGUGCUCGUAGGUCAGGGGUCAUUGUCGGUGGCCGACCCCUUGUCCCUGCUGCUAUUGUGCCUGAGGAUCUUGUGAACCAGUGUCAGGUGGUUCUCCAAGGCAAAUCAAGAAAUCUGAUAAUUCGGGAACUGCAAAGAACAAAUCUUGAUGUCAACAUGGCUGUAAACAAUCUCUUGAGCCGAGAUGAUGAAGGAGAAGGCGAAGAUGAAGAUAGUCAAGAUUACAGCAUGCCAGAUGAUCUCAUUUCUCUUUUGGACUCUGGCAUGCACGACCAUCCAUCUGUCAUCAUUGAUGCUGAUGCUAUGUUCAAUGAAGACAUGUUCGGUUAUUCAACCUUGCGCAGUCGUGGCUCUGUUACACGUUCUCGUCUAGUUGACAGAGAGCGGGAGCUAGAAAGGGACAGAGAAAUCUUUCGUAUUAGAGAUCGUCGUCGACUGGAAUCAUUCCGUGAAGAUAUGAAGUCUCUGGACCGAGAUAAAAAUGAUAGCAUGUCAACAGAUGGAACCAAAAAAUCUAACUUGCCCUCUCAAAAUCCUGUCAUUUUAGGAGAGGAACUUGAGUUUUGGACAGAAAAGGAUGGAGACAAUCCCCGGUUUACUCACAUUGGUGCCAUGCAUUCAGACUUGAUUGCAAUAGGAACAAAUGGUCAGUUGUACUGUUGGCGGUGGACAGACAGUGAGCCCUACAGGAGUCUUGAAAACCCAUUGUGCCGUCAUCCAAAAGCAGCCAAUCUAGGACUUCUUAAUGAAAGGCUGGUAGGUCUAGCAGCCUGCAGUGUACGAGCAUCUGUUCUGACUGAGUCUGGCAAGAUUGCAACACUCCUGGAUGAAACUUUAAAUUUUGCAUCCAGCAAGCUUGAGCAUCCAGCUACAAUGUUUACCGAGUUUCAGACAGAUCAUGUUGCUGCCAUUCAUGCCUGUCCUCUUUAUACAUGUGCACAGUUGGAUAGUGGCGCCCUGUACUGGUGGGGUGUCAUGCCUUUUGCCCAGCGUAAGAAGCUGCUAGAGAAAACAAGGUCCAGGAAAAAAAAGUCCAAGGAGACCUCCUCCUCACCUGCAUCUGACAUUGUAGCAGGGUCCACUGUGUGUCUGCGGAGCACUCCAUUGUACCAUGCAGGCGCCAUGGCUUUUUCCUUGAUAAACGGCAUUCCUAAAGUUGGCCAUCUUGUUGAUUCAGCCUGGCUUCUAAGUGACAGCUGUCGGUUCAGGCUGAGACCAUUAGCAAGUGAGAGUCGUAGCGAUGUGAAGGCUGAGGUCAAAUGCAGCGAGACAAAGACAGAUAUGCCUCCCCCCUCACCUGCCUCCUCUGUCUGCAGUGACCACAGCAGUGCAUCAUUGCCGGCCUCCCUCAAAAGAAAGAAAGCCACAACACCAAUCAAGGAAGAAGACAAGAAAGAAGAAGAAGAGAGAUGGCCACUUAGGAAUGUUGUUUUUAUUGAAGACAUGCGGACUGUGCAGUUGGGCAAGGUUCUCAAGGUUGAUGGUGCAUAUGCAGCAGUCCGCUUCCAGAGUCGGGACGGGGAUGGUGUUAAUGCUAAAGAUGAUGCUGCAGCAUCAUUGCUCCAAGACUGUCGGCUACUGAGGAAGGAUGAGCUUCAGGUUAUGAAAGGCAUGAGUGCUCCUCGUAAUCCAGACUGCUUCCAGAAGGUUCCCAAGAAAGUCAACAUGAUGGAGAGUGGACAGAUAUUGGCCGUCACCAUCGAUUGUGAUAAUAUACAUGCUGUAGCUCAAAAUGGAUCCAGGUUGAACUACAUUGUGCAUAAUCUUAGUACUGGCAAGUUAGAACAGAAUUGUCUGUUUCCUACAGACGCCCAGUCUUUUCAGGGCACUAGACGCUCGCCCAUACGACUGUAUGGUUCUUCUGAGGACUCUCCCAUGGCACUGUGUGAUGGAAAUGGUGCCAUAUACCCAUUGGCCAAAGACUGCAAUGAGAAUAUCCGUGAUCCACUGUGGCUGGACCUGCCCCCUCUGUCCUGCAUGGACAUGCGUGUCUGUCACUUGCCGGCUGUUCCACUCAACCAGAAAAAUAAGGCAGCUGUUGUUGCCUUAGCUAUACAGCAUCAGAGACUAAUGCCAUACAUUCUGAGAUGUCAGUUGGACAAGGUGAAAAGUGUCUUGGCCUCCAUUGAAGAAGACAUAAAAUCCAACCCAUCCUGUAAGCUUCUGCAGGAAGUAUUAAGGGAACACUGUGAUGGUAACCGCAACAUCAUCCAUAUGUGUGUGAGUGUAUGCAUUCCUACCUCCAACAAGGACUAUGAUCCAGAGCAGAGCAUAACUGCUUCUUUUGGUGGCAUGCCAGAUGUUGUUAGCACUGCUGUUGAUGCACUGACUUCCAUUCAGCGAACAGAGGAGGCUUCUAGUCGAAGCAGCAUGACUGUGCGUGAGCUGAUCAGGAGAGCCUCUUCCACAGCAAGAGGUGUAACAGGACUUGAUGUGCGUGAUCUUGACCGUGAAGAGGCAGGGAUAUCUAUCCCUCCCAUCCACUGGCCAACUGAGCCACCCCCAUCGUAUGACUCUGUUCACUCAGACUCUAGCACCUCUAGUCUGGGUGGUGGGCUUGGAGCAGCAGCCAUAGCAGGUUCCAGCACUGCAGGAACCAACUGCGAGUUCACAACAGUCGGGGCGGCACCUGUCAAGCUGGAGGAUAAGGAACGUCGGACCGUUGGCCUUCAGAUUUUACGCUUGCUUCUCGAGGCGCCCAUCAUGCAGUCUCAUCUACUGUCCCUUUUGACAGCUAGAAAUGCAGAGGGCUGCACACCCUUUACAGGCGUGUGUGGUCGUGCAUAUCCAGCCGGUCUGGCCAUCAUGACGGCUGCAUUAAAAGUGGCAGGACGAGGAGAGCGAGGGGAGGUGGACAGGGGAGCGCUGAUGACGAUGAUUUAUCCCUCUGGUUCAAGUCUUGACAACUCGCCUUUGCACAUGCUGUGUGCCAAUGAUACCUGUAGCUUCACCUGGACAGGUGCAGAGCAUAUCAACCAGGACAUCUUUGAGUGCAAGACUUGUGGGCUGACAGGAACACUUUGCUGCUGUACAGAGUGUGCACGUGUCUGUCACAAAGGACAUGAAUGCAAACUAAAGAAGACAGCCCCCACAGCGUAUUGUGACUGCUGGGAGAAGUGCAAGUGCAAGGCACUGGUGGCCGGUCAGCAGAGCACUCGCUUUACACUCCUGCAUAAGCUGCUGACUGAGACAGACCUAGUCAAUAUACCCAACAGCAGAGGAGAGAAUAUCCUACUGUUUCUGGUGCAAACAGUGGGCAGACAAAUGUCUGAGCAACGGAACUAUCGGCCUCCUCGCGUCCGUGUCACCACCACACGCAAAACACAAAUUGCAGAUGAUCUGGAAAUGCCUGAACAUGACCUAGAACCCCCAAAGUUUGGUCGCCGUGCACUGGAACGAAUUCUGAAUGACUGGACUGCAGUAAAAGCCAUGAUUAACAGUGGACAGAAACAGACCAACAUUGGAGGGGGCGGAGAGGUGGUAUAUGAAGAGCAGAUGUACCUAGAAAGUCAAAGUGGCACAGCACGCCUGGACAAGUUCACACAUUGUCUCUGGUCAAGAGCAGUGUGGAGAGGUGCAUCUGUACAUGACUCCACCCAGAUGCUGGAUGCCCUGCUGACAACCAUCAUACGUGAAAUGCAAAAUGAUAGUAUCCCCAACCGUCGUGAGGAAGCCCAGAGCGUUGCCAGACGAUUUGUGCGUUCAGUGGCCCGUGUCUAUGUGGUACUGAACAUUGAGAUGAUCCCUAGUACUGGCAAAAAACGGUGUGCCAGCUUUCCACCUUGUCAGCCCAUCAUUAAGUGUCGUCGGGCAUUCCAGGCGCUCGUAAGUGUAGCAAUACCAGAGCUGUGUCAGACUGCUAUUUCACUUAUAACCCCUGUUCGGCUUGGAGUAGCACGGCCCACAGCACCAUUCUCCCUAGUCAGCGCCAAUAUGGAAGCAGUGCAGGGCAGUGAAGAAGUAUUUGCCACAGACCCUUUGCCUCCACGUCCAGCUUCAGUUGACAGCACUCGGGACAACAUUGCACUUCUGCCACGUACCUCACCUCAUCCUCAUCCACAAGUCCCCCCUGCUAAUGAUGAGGACGAGGGUGAGGGAGAGACAGAGGGAGUUGGAGCAGAGGUGGAGGCUGGAGAUGGAAUGCAUGCAGAUGAGGACCACUCUGACCAUGAAGAUCGACAGUCGGAACAUUCAGACCAUGAUGACAACCCAGAGCAUGACCGCGAGGCACCUCCACCUGACAAUGAAGAUGGCCCAGGGGAGAGUGACAUGGACUUGGACCUCAUGGCAGAGUCAGAGAGCGACAGUGAAAGCAGUCACAGCAACCAGGACAAUGUCAGCAUACAGCGCAGUGCAGUGACCGCUGCGACUGCUGGUUCUGAUGCAGGUCUUGGGAGUCUGGCUCACUUCUCAGAGGAUGAAGAGUCUGGCGAGUCAUCCAAUCAAGAGGAGGAUUAUGAAAGUGAGGCAGGCGAGAGUGAAGAGCACGAGGAUGAGCUUGUCUACAUGGACGAGCAGCUAGAGAGGCGUUCAACUCCAGUUACUGUUGCCAUAGCAGCAGGCGCCCAUGGGCAGCGCACCCUACAGGCUCCCCAGACCAUGCAGUGGGCAAUCCGUCAGCGUGAACCUACUACUGCCACACCUACAACUCGCCCUCCUACUACUACCAACAAUAACACGGCUACUAGCCGUCGCAGUGAGAGCACUUCUGGAAAUAACCUGAUCUACAUUGACCCUGGGACACUCCGUCGUGGUACCAGCAUCUCAACGGCCAUCACCUCCACAAAUCAGGAUGCUGCAAUCACCAUGGCAACUACAGCCUCGCAGCUGGCACGUGCCUUUGGCAUCGUGGUGCGCCUCCUGACGGAUCUAUUGAACAUGCUACAGAACUACCACACCCUAGCACCCAAUCUUCCCUGCGUGUUGAACAUCACAGAGCAACAGGAACAAGAACUGCAGAGCUAUGCUGAUGAGCAGCUUCGUCCAACAUGGGACUGGUUAGUGGCUAUCAUGGACUCCACCGAAGCACAGUUACGUUUUGGGUCUGCUCUCAGCAACUCCUCUGACCCUUCCUGCCCUCACCACCCUCUACACUCCGCCCAUCUACGCACCUCCAGGGAGCGCCCCACUCCACGGGAUGAGCCACGCCCAUUGCAAGUGAUUGACACACGUCGACGACAUCGGUUUGGUACCAUCUUGGCCUCAACACCUGCCUCAGCUGAUGGUAACUCAGCCCGGCGAGAUUUCCUCAGCUAUGCCCUGUCACUGAUGCGGUCACACAAUGAUGAGCACGCAGACAGCCUGCCUGUGAUCGACAUCUCUGCACUGAAGCACUCCGCCUACGUUUUUGAUGCCCUCAUCUACUACAUGCGCACGGUGCCAGAGUCUGAUGUGGAUACUCUUAAGGACGGCAUCUCCGUCAUCUCCUGGCAAGAUGGAGAAGAGAAUGAGAACGAUGAGCAGGACGAUGAUAUGGUCACUACUUCCAUCACCAUGGAUACAGAAAGUCUUGAGGGAGAGAGUGAAUGUGCCUUGAGUGGCGGAGGCGGGGCCAAAGUUGGACGCAAGCAUCCAUUUUUCCAGCGCUCGGAUUCAACAAUAUUUUUAGGAUGCCCACCUCCAGAUGCUUUUCAUACGCCGCUGGUAGAAGCUUUGCCUUUAGCCGAUCAGCCUCAUCUGCUGCAACCUAAUUCUCGGCGUGAGGACCUCUUUGGCAUGGCUCGUCCUACAGUGUUUUCGAGGUCUGUUUCUGCUGUAGAGGCACGUGAUGGUGCUGAAAGCAGCCGUGCCGGCAGCCCAUUCCAGAAACUUCCACUGAACCUGUCACUCACAACACGAGUUGAAGACAAUCGCACAGAACUAGUUCGUGGCUUUCAUAGUGCUUUAUAUCAGGGACUACAAAAUCGCAUAAGAACCCACGCCGAGCCCUUAGCUCAGCGACUGGAGCUGCCUCUUGGACCUCAGAGCGCAGCCAUUAAUUUGUCUCUCUCUGCCACUGGCAGUCCCAGCCGCAGCAGGGAUGCUAACCAUCUUUUAAGUCAGGCUUUGAGUGGUUCCCCGGGGCCUCUUCCCAACCUUGACCCUUUACCUGAAACAGUGGCUACUGGCCCAGUUGAAGAGGACACUUCAUCAUCAGGUGUCAUUGUGGAGAUGUCAUCAUCUCUUGCUGUCCCCCAGGGUGGGACAGGGAGAGAGAUGUUGAGGCCUAUUAUUCCUGUCAGCAUGGAAGUGAGCGGUGGACAGCGCAUGUCCUUAGAUGCUGGCCGCUCAGACAUUUCACAGCCUAGUGUAAUCAUGCACACAGCUUCUUCACUGCCAACACAGACCACUGCCACUCCAGAUGGGUCGGGUUUCAUACCAUCUGUGUCAUCAUCUCAGGAAGGUCAUGCAGUUCUGUCAUCAUCUUCAUCGUCUCUACCAGCUUGUGAAAUGAGCCAGGCUACCCUUGCAGGAGCAUCCUUAUCUCCUGCCCGACCCCUCCCGGUUGCUUCCUUCAGCUCUUCACUGGACAGUGGCAGUCAGUUCCAGAAUCUGAUUGCAGUGGCAACAGCCUCAGCAACCCUGGCUUCCAUGCCUCUAUAUCUUCUAGGUGAUUGCUCUGGUACUGGUGAUGGAACAAUUCACAGCCAAGACCUUCCACUUGACCUGGUUGGAGCCAACGAGAAUGUCUCCAACACAGUAGAUAUUGAGACAAGCGACCAGUCACUCGUUCCCCCACACUCUGCCUCUUUGACAAACCUGUCUGCAGCUUCUGCACCCACUGCCACAGUUACUGCUACUAGAUUCCAGACACCCAUUGGCCACAUAGUUUCCCAUGAUAUUCUGCUUGGACGCUGGCGCUUGGCACUUGACCUCUUUGGGCGUGUCUUCUGUGAUGACGUUGGUGCUGAGCCAGGUUCCAUCAUAAGUGAGCUGGGUGGCUUCCCCGUAAAGGAAGGACGCUUCCGCCGAGAGAUGGAAAAACUCAGGACUAAUCAGCAGAGGGACCUAACACUUGAUGUGGAACGUGAAAGGUCAGCGUUAAUCACACACACCUUCAGGCAGCUCAACAACCAUUACAACCGACGCACCAACAACUCCAGCACUCCUCUGGCUGCACACCGUGUGAAAGUGAUUUUUAAGGAUGAGCCAGGAGAAGGCAGUGGGGUGGCUCGCAGCUUUUACACGGCUGUUGCAAAUGCGUUGCUGUCAGAAGAAAAAUUGCCAUCGCUUGAGGGGGUGCUAGUGGGUGGCAAGUCCAUGAAUUACAAUUUGAUUCAGCGAAUGAGAAACCGUGAACGGGAACGAGAUCGCCAUCGCUCCAUAGUGCGCCGAAGUGGAGAUCGCGAAUCCCGCCGAACAUUGUCCUAUGAUGCUCCUCCAUUCUACAUGCCAACAACAGAGUCUUAUGGCAGAGGUGGUGGUGGAACUGGAGGUGGAGGCAGUGGAGGAGGCAGCAGUGGCAUUGGUACUGGCACAUCGUCAACAGAAUCAACCCAAGAAUCUGGGGACACCAGCCUUACAGUGUACAGGCGACAGCUUGGAGAAAGACUGUUUCCUAAAGUCCAGGCCCUUCAGCCAUCACUUGCUCCCAAGAUUACUGGCAUGUUGCUGGAGUUAUCCCCAGCUCAGCUUCUUCUGUUACUCGCCUCUGAAGAAACACUUCGACAACGGGUGGACGAGGCAUUGGAUAUUAUCUUGUCACAUGGAAGAGAGAGUGCAGAGUCACUGCUGGACUUGGACAUCUUCAACCUGUCAGCUGACAAGAACAAGAAGUCUGGUAGUUUAGCAGGAACAGCAGGCACUGCUGCCCGCUCUGGAGAAGAGGAAGAUGACGAAGGUGAAGACAAUGCCCCUUUAUUCUGGCAGCCAGGGAAACGGGGCUACUACUCCCCACGAGCUGGACGCAACACACCUGAACGCCUGAACGCUUUUAGGAAUGUUGGCAGGAUCAUUGGUCUUUGCCUACUACAGAAUGAGAUUUGCCCGCUCUUUCUCAACCGACAUGUCCUCAAGUAUUUGUUGGGUCGUCGCAUUGGUUGGCAUGACCUUGCCUUCUUUGACCCUGUAAUGUAUGAGUCACUGCGCACACUUGUUGAGGACUCGGAGACCAAAGAUGCCUCCCUCAUAUUUGCUGCUUUGGACCUCAACUUCUCCGUUGAGCUUUGUGCUGAAGAGGGUGGAGAGACAGUAGAGCUCCAGCCAGAUGGUGCUGAGAUUGAGGUGAAUGCAUCCAAUGUACAUCUUUAUGUACAGAAAUAUGCCCAAAUGAGAAUGAUCCACUGCCAAGAGAAGGCACUUAAGCACAUGAGGAUGGGAGUAUUUGAUGUCAUACCAUCAUCAUCACUUGAAGGAUUGACUGCUGAAGAUCUUCGUCUCCUGCUGAAUGGAGUGGGUGACAUCAAUGUCCAGACCUUAAUCAGCUACACCUCAUUCAAUGAUGAGAGUGGGGAGAGCAGUGAGAGGGUUCAGAGAUUCAAGCGUUGGUUCUGGUCUGUAGUGGAGAAGAUGAACAAUGUUGAACGACAGGACCUGGUUUAUUUCUGGACAUCAAGUCCAGCUCUCCCUGCCAGUGAGGAAGGUUUCCAACCCAUGCCCAGCAUCACCAUUCGCCCAGCAGAUGACGAGCACCUCCCCACUGCUAAUACGUGCAUUUCCCGCCUGUACAUCCCUCUCUACUCCAACAAAGCUACACUGCGUGCCAAACUGGCCCUAGCCAUCAAAACCAAGUCGUUUGGUUUUGUUUGAAGUGAUUUGCGCAAAAUAGUGAUUUAAAAUGGUUGUAAGGCUGUUUUCAAAUGUGCCGUUUAAAACCGAUGGUUGGCUUUUUGUACACCCUCACAGCAUUGACCAUCUUUGUUUCUUUAGUCUACAAACGUUCAGUUUUUACAUGUACAGACAUAAACUACUGUAAGAUCCUUGCUGGUAUUUGGCUUGCUUGCUGCUGCAGAACGAACAGGUCACCAGCAAACUUUGGAAACGCACAUGUUAACACUCUUUCCAGGCAGGUUGUCAAGCAACUGUUUCCCCCACCUGUCUUCCAGUGUUUUGUUGUGUAGCAGGCAAGUGUUUUGUUAGCAAUUUUCAGUCAAAAAUGCAAAACUUCCUGAGGUAUAUGUGCAAUUAUUUCCACUGUAAAGGAGUUGCUGACAACAAAAUCCUGUCUGCAUUUAGGAAAACAAUGAGUGCGUCAGAUGAGGGAGUUGGUGCAUGAAGAUGGUGGCUUUGUAUGCACAGUUUUGAUUAUGAAGUCAUAUAGAGUGGGUGUGGCUGGGAAGGACCUGCAGUGCAUAUCACAUGUGUUUUAUGAUUCUUGCAUGCAGGCGCUGGCUCACCUUCAGCCCUUUUGUAGGCAAGUCAUGUGACAUUGAGGGGACUGGGCUGGCAUUAGCACCAUAUUCAGAUGUAGCUUGGUGACCUGUACUCGCUUGUCCAGUUUGUAAGAAAUAACUUGAGACCGUGUCACCAUCAUUGAAGAUAAAUCAGUCCAUGGGUUUUUCAAUAUUGGGACUUGGGCAGGGACAAGUAGGUUGGGCAGAGAUUGGCAGUGUGUCUGUGGAAGAACAUGAGAAAGUGACUUUGUGCAGGACGUCGACUUGCAUGACACUACCCGAAUGGCAACAGUUAUUUGUAGCGGCAAGCAUGCCCAUUGGUUUUAAGAAAUUUGUUUUUAAAACCGCUGAGCAUACUGUAUAGCAUUCAUAGGUUAGAAACAUUACUUGAAAAAAAAUAUUUAUGUAUGUGUGUCCCAAAUCGCUGUUUUUUUUCUUCAAAAUUCACUCCCUUUUAUUGCACUUUUGUGAAAAAGAUCUGUCUCCUAGUUAUAAAGAUAUGGGAUUAUACAGCAACAGGAGUACAGGAGGGGUUGGGUAGGAGAGGGGAUGAGAACUGGAGGUUGGGCAUUGGAUCACUGUGUAAGGAACAAGAGCAAUUAAAAACCAUGUUGUAAAUCGACAUGCUGAGAAAGUUA